GGCGGCGUAGCCCCGGAGCGAGCUUUACACGGGCUCUAGUGCCGCAGGAGGCGCGAGGGGACAAAGACGUUCAGAUGGCAGAAAACAGUCUUUCAGAUGGAAGCCCUGCAGAUUCUGUGGAAGCUGCUAAAAAUGGCAGUAGUACAGAAAAGCUCACAGACCAGGUGAUGCAGAACCCACAAGUGCUGGCAGCUUUGCAGGAACGUCUUGACAACGUCUCUCACACUCCUUCUAGCUACAUAGAAACUUUACCCAAAGCUGUCAAAAGGAGAAUUAAUGCUCUGAAGCAGCUCCAGGUGAGGUGUGCGCACAUAGAAGCCAAGUUCUACGAGGAAGUUCAUGACCUAGAGAGGAAGUAUGCAGCCUUGUACCAACCUCUCUUUGACAAGAGAAGAGAAUUCAUCACUGGUGACCUGGAGCCCACGGAUGCAGAGUCAGCAUGGCACAGUGAGAAUGAGGAAGAAGACAAGUUGGCUGGAGAUAUGAAGAAUAAAGUAGUUAUAGCUGAGAAAGAAGCAGCAACAGCAGAAGAGCUGACCCCCAAAGGCAUCCCUGAGUUCUGGUUCACCAUCUUCAGAAAUGUAGAUAUGCUUAGUGAGCUGGUGCAGGAAUAUGAUGAACCAAUCUUGAAACACCUGCAAGAUAUUAAAGUCAAGUUUUCAGACCCUGGACAGCCUAUGUCUUUUGUGCUAGAGUUUCACUUUGAACCCAACGACUACUUCACCAAUCCUGUCCUGACGAAAACAUACAAGAUGAAAUCAGAACCAGAUAAGGCUGACCCGUUUUCUUUUGAAGGUCCUGAAAUUGUGGACUGUGAUGGGUGUACAAUUGACUGGAAGAAGGGAAAAAAUGUCACAGUCAAAACCAUCAAGAAAAAGCAGAAGCACAAGGGCCGGGGCACCGUGCGAACCAUCACCAAGCAAGUGCCCAAUGAGUCCUUCUUCAACUUCUUCAGCCCCCUAAAAGCGUCUGGAGAUGGAGAAUCUCUGGAUGAAGAUUCCGAGUUCACCUUAGCCUCUGACUUUGAAAUUGGGCACUUUUUCCGUGAGCGAAUCGUGCCACGGGCUGUCCUCUACUUCACUGGGGAAGCCAUAGAGGACGAUGACAAUUUUGAAGAAGGCGAGGAGGGAGAAGAGGAGGAAUUGGAAGGAGAUGAGGAGGGAGAAGAGGAGGAUGAUGCUGAGGUUAACCCCAAGAAAGAACCCAGCCAGCCGGCAGAGUGCAAGCAGCAGUAAGAAGCAGCGACCCUGAGGGGCCAUCUUGUGGACGGAUGUCAGGACCCCAGGCCACAGGCAGGGUCCUCAGUCCCUGCCAAAGCAGAAUUUUGUUGACAGUGCUGUGACAUCUAACCAUUUCCAAGUGCAUGAUUCCUCUCCCCCUUCCCUUCUUACUUUGCUUAACUUGUACAAUGGAGACUAGGCUGCAGUUCAGAAUAGGAGAUUUAGUUGUAGCACCUGCAGCCUUGGUGCCUGAAGACCAUGUAGGGUGGGCUGGGGUUGUGCCUGGGAUUGGCAGAGCCUGGUGAUUCUGUGUACGCUACUGAAGAGGCUCGUGGAUUCCAGCCACUGAACUUCAUGGGAAGCUGUUCCAGCUGCUGUACCUAGUCAUUUCCCAAGCACUAUAGAAGAGGCUGUGCUCGCCUUAGAGCGUGUGGGUUUUUUGUUUUGUUUGUUUUCUUUUUUUUCUUUUUUUUUUUUUCUCCUCACCCCCCUCCCUUGAGUUUUGGUUUCAGGGCUGGGUGGGUUGUGGCACACACCUCUGAGACCAGAACUGUCUGGUUCAUCCUUAUACUUAUUUAUUCACUUGUGCUUGGGGGGCUUUGAACUUCACUGUCCUCCUCCUCCCACUUACGAGACCAUGUUGCUGACUUGACCAGAAGGAUGUGGCAUCAAAUGGAGUGAGGCCUGUGGAGGAAGCCCUGCUGCCUCCUGCCGCUAGCUGUUCUGUGCCAUGCAGACCACGUGUUGUUGUUGCCUCCUGAGUGUGCUAGGCUGUAGCCAGGGGGCAAAAGUCCUCCCUCACUAGGGAUGGCUGGCCUGUAGAGCACAGCUUCAGCUUGCACACCAGGGCCACACCUGGGUUUGGUGACCAGUUGGUGGUUGGUGUGUGUGGAGUUUCCGUGUGUGUGGUUGUGGUCUUUGGCAGCCAGGACAGCCAUGUCCACAGUGACCAGCCAUGUAGAGCGUGCUCAGCCUUACCUGAUAACACAUUUGUAACUGAAUACGGUGUUUUCAAUUUGUACAGAAUAGUUAGAAUAUUCUAUUAAAGUUGUGAAACAUGAAAGGAGCACUGUUUUCCUGACAACCU